ACGUUUGAAUGGCUUUGCUGUCUUUCGCAGUGGGAAGUGAAGAACAGCUGAAGUAGAAGCAGAGAGGCUGGGCAUGGCGAAGCCGGUUUCGAUCGAAGUGUGGAACCCGAAUGGGAAGUACAGGGUGGUCAGCACGAAGCCCAUGCCCGGGACCCGGUGGAUCAAUCUCUUGAUCGAGCAGGACUGUCGCGUCGAGAUAUGCACGCAGAAGAAGACCAUCUUGUCCGUGGAAGACAUCAUCGCCCUCAUCGGCGAUAAGUGCGAUGGAGUCAUUGGGCAGUUAACGGAGGAUUGGGGAGAGACGCUGUUCUCUGCGCUGAGCAGAGCAGGAGGAAAAGCAUUUAGUAACAUGGCGGUCGGUUACAACAACGUGGAUGUCAAUGCUGCGAACAAGUACGGUGUUGCUGUUGGAAACACUCCGGGUGUGCUUACAGAGACAACCGCAGAGCUGGCAGCUUCGCUCUCUUUAGCAGCUGCGAGAAGAAUCGUUGAGGCAGAUGAGUUCAUGAGGGCGGGCUUAUACGAUGGAUGGCUCCCUCAUCUGUUUGUCGGCAAUUUGCUUAAGGGGCAGACCGUUGGAGUGAUUGGAGCUGGUCGUAUCGGAUCUGCAUAUGCAAGAAUGAUGAUCGAAGGAUUUAAGAUGAACCUCAUUUACUAUGAUCUUUACCAAUCAACUCGCCUCGAGAAGUUUGUUACAGCUUAUGGUGAGUUUCUAAAAGCUAAGGGCGAACAACCAGUUACCUGGAGAAGAGCUGCAAGCAUGGAUGAGGUUCUCCGGGAAGCCGAUGUGAUAAGUCUUCACCCAAUCCUGGACAAAACCACUUAUCAUCUCAUCAACAAGGAAAGCCUCGCGACCAUGAAGAAGGAAGCGAUUCUUGUGAACUGUAGUAGGGGACCAGUUGUUGAUGAAGUAGCACUCGUGGAGCAUUUGAAACAGAAUCCCAUGUUCCGGGUUGGUCUUGAUGUCUUUGAGGAUGAGCCUUACAUGAAGCCAGGACUUUCGGACAUGAAGAAUGCCAUUGUGGUACCUCACAUUGCUUCCGCUUCUAAGUGGACUCGUGAAGGCAUGGCUACCUUGGCUGCUCUGAACGUCCUGGGAAAGAUUAAAGGGUAUCCAGUUUGGUCGGAUUCAAACCGAGUUGAACCGUUUCUGAAUGAGAAUGCGCCACCUCCGGCCGCAUCUCCAAGCAUUGUCAAUGCGAAAGCCUUAAGUUUGCCUGUUUCAAAACUAUGAGACUGAAGCUCAAUCCUUGACGGCCUUCCCGAGAGAAUCAUAUGAUGGACAGGGUACGAGGGUUAAUAGUGCUAGGGAAUGUCGUUGCAUAUGAGUCCUCUCUCGCAAGAAGUGCUGAUAAGCAUAUACUCCAUUUCUACCGUAAUGCAGAUGCAAGUUUCUGUCCAUUCAAGAGCUUAUAAAUGCUUUUUUCUGAUCCAGUUGAUCCUAAUAUUGAAGUCAUGGUUCUAUGGGA